UUCUCAACAAUCUCUCUCUCUCUCGCUAAUUCCAGUCUCUUACGACUCAUAAAUCUUUCUCUCUGAUUUCGUUUAAUUUUACUCCGACAAUGGAUACUGAAUCUAUCAAACUCGAUGUUCAUGUAACCGCCUGGUCUCAUACUCCACCGUCAGGGUUCGACGAAUUUAUCAGAGACGGGAACGAUGAUAGCGUCACGAGUCUCGGAUCUUACCGGGAUCCUUCUCGAGUAAUCUUUCUAAAAUUCCAAAACUUUGAACCAAACUACGUCUAUCAACUUCUCCAAAGCCAACUCCUCGAUCAUGUCUUGUCCGAACAAAUAGCUUAUCUUGUCGAAACCCACCGGCUAAGAAGUCAAAGUUCUGACUUGCCACAACAACCUAUAUCCAUGAGAGUCACCGUCAAAUUGACACAGAAGGUAUACGACGUUGUGUCUUGUAGUUCUGCUCCGUCGACAACAGAUUUGGGCAAAGAAGAAGAAUUGGAGACAUGUGCCAUCUGUUUGGAAAAUCUGUUGAGGAGAUCAAAGGAUUACAGACAAAUGCCUAAUUGUUCACAUUGUUUUCAUGAACAAUGUGUCACUAAGUGGUUGGUUCCUCAAAAUAACUCUUGCCCUCUCUGUCGCCGACCUAUUAGGAACAACCACAGUGAAACGGAGUCUAAUUAGGGUUUCAAAAUAGUAUGUUUUAUUUUUUUGUAGUCUUAAUGAUAUUUUGUUUAUUUGUGUCGGAAAUCUAUUUAGGGUUUUCACGUAUGUUUUGUCUAAGAGACGAACUAAGAGCCUAAAAGGCUAAUUAGGGUUUUUCAUAGUUUAUGUAUCUGUUUUUGUUGGCAAUAUGUAAUGCAGUUUAAUUUGAUUUAGUGAACUUCAGAUUCUCUAUACUCGAAUUUCACAUUAAUAAUUUCAUUUACAAGUU